AUGGUCACGGACUCUCAAUAUCAAGCAAUCGCCACCUUACAAGGACCGCGAGACGCUGUGGUAUCUCUGGCCUUCUCAGUGAAAGCUAAAUUCCUUUCAGCUGCCGGAUAUAGUGGUGUCUACGUUUGGGAUCUCUCGACUUUUACGUCCGCUCCGCUUCCUCAUAUGCUCUUUGCUCCCCAAAAUCCGAAAUAUGUCAUAAUGGCGUCCGUUUGGGUCUAUUUCCAAAAGAACAAACGCCAUAUUUUGCUCUUAGGCUCUAUGCGCGGAGAUAUCAUAUUGUGGGAUUGGAAUAAUGAGACCAAAUCUUUCCAGCUGCUCUAUCGUGUUCCCCCAAUGGAGAACAAAGAAGAUGAGAUUCUUUCCAUGGAUGUUUACGAGCACGACAUCGCAUCCGGCAGAAUUGGCAGGGUUGUCGCAUCUACGGCCAACCGAUGCAUCAGUGUCUGGACUUUAACGUCUUCGGGGGAGUUUUCGAAAAUAUUUUCCACUGUUCUUGAUGAAGGAGUCAAUCCAAAAACGGUAUGCAUGUGCAAAAUUACUCGAGACAUCUUCGUGUUUCCGUUCUAUGGAGGUGAAAUACACUGUCUAGACUAUAAGACCGGAGCGGUGAAGCAUCGUAAAUCGCAUGCUCCUGGAAUCAUGGGAUCGGUUGCUAUGAACUCAACAACAAAUAAAUUUGUCGCCUAUACCGGGAAGAGUUUCCAGCUCUACCGCCUCGGUAGUCUUGAACUGGUCAAAACAUUCAAAACAGAACUGCCACUCGUCUUGUUUCCCAAACAGGUUGCAUUCGGAGAAUUAGAGAACAUCGUUGUAGGCGGAAGCGAUCGCGGCUGUGCUCUGGUAUACGAUGUCAAUAGUGAAGAGGUGCUUCAGAAAUUAAGUUACCCAAGUGGGGGGCUUGUUCAGCCGGUCUCGGCGAGUACUAUCUCACUUCCUGAGCGCCAUUUGAUUGUGGUUGCGGGAUCAACUGCUCAGCAGCCGGCGGACGUCAUCCUUUUUGAGAAAUGUAUUCCUGCGGAAUACGAUUCCACGACAGAUAUUCGGAAUGGCAGAGCUCCAACUCAAGAUGCUGUGCUCAUAGGCUUCUAUCUUCCCAAGAGGCUCUGGAAAUGGAUACGGAUUCUUGGCGCAGUGGUAGUAUGUGUUACCUUCGUCGGGUACUACAUUCUACCCAUCGUCUAUCAGGUUUGCAAUAGUUUGGAUCAUUUUGAAUCCUUGAUCAAUUUCAUCUGCAGGUUCCUUCUCAUUUCGACAAUGUCAAUACGCAAUUACACCCAAAUGUUAACUGGCAAAGCGGUACGAAGGAUAAAUUAG